AAAACGACAACUACCCAGAAGCAAUAGAAGAAGAAGAAGCGGAAACCGGAAGUGUUGAGGCGGAAAGCGGAGAGAGAGAGACCGGCCUCAGUGACUGCUGUGUUUCAGAGAGAGUGUGUGUGUGUCGUUCGUUAUGGCUGCAGACGAGCAUCUCUCGGCCGAGGACUACGCCGCCGAGGCCAUGGCCGCAGACAUGGACCCCUGGAUCGUCUUCGACGCCCGCAAGACGCCCCGCGCCGAGUUCAGCGGCUGGCUGGAGUCCUACCGGCCCUCGCAGGUCAGCCGUCACGGGGACGGGGGCCCGGUGGGCUGGAUCGCGGUGCGGGGGCCCCAUGUCUCGGACGACUCCGGGGACGUGGAGGGGCUUCAGGACAGCUGGGAGACGCUGCUGGAGAGCGGCCGGAGCGUCAGCUUCCACAGCGUCCGCGAGCUAGCGCUCAAUCACGGCGUGCUGGACGGGAAGUGGCUGAUGCACCUGGACACGGGCUUCAAGGUGGACCGCGCCUGGGAGAGCAUCGCCCGAGCCGUCCUGGACGGGAAGAUGGACUCGGCCAAGGUCAGUCCCCGGGACCCGGGCUCCGACGGCCGGCACGUCAUCUGCGUCUACAACCAGGACUUCACGGACGAGGAGCAGGUGAUGCGCCUGGACGCCGCCAUCCGCCGCGCCGGGGUCAAGUGCGUGCUGCACUACAAGCCGGACGUCUACAGCUACCUGGGCAUCUACCGCAACAACCGCUGGAGGAUCUGCCCCACCAUCUACGAGAGCGCCUUCGACCUGGAGAGCGUCCCGCGCCGCUCGCACGUCCUCAACAAGGUCACCGACCGGGAGGUGACGUGAAGCUCCCCGGAAGAACCUUUAGAUUUUGUUCGUUUGUUCGUUUUGCCAAAUAAAUGCGGGGCGGCUGUUUCUCUGUGGGACGAAGCAGCCCCUCGGAGUGUGUG